CCACUACUCCAAUAUAUUAGUGGAAACAAGUCUAUUUACAAUUUAAUCUUUGUAGCUAAAUAAAGAUUCCUCGAUCCCCACCAUUAAUUCGCUGCAAAUUUUGAUCUUAAAUUCUACUAUUAAUUGCUUGCUUGCUGAAUUCUGAACUACUCGUAUAUAUUAUGGGUAAUAAUAAUAACUUGGGAAUUACUUCUUCACGGCCCACCAUAGCUUUUCCUCUUGGUCUAGCUCUUCUUGUCCUUGUUCUUGUCUGUAUAACUGGCAUCUUUGCUUGUUGCUACCACUGGAAUAAGCUUCGAUCCCUUCUUUGCUCUUCGGCGUCUGCUACCCAUCUUGAUGAUCAAUCAUCUGAUGGUUCGGUUUUUAAAAUUAUCCAGGCGCAGAAGCAGAAAAAUGGGGAGAGCUUGACAAUAUUGAUGCCCGGAGAUGAAGUUCCAAAGUUUGUGGCUUUGCCUACUCCUCAUCGGUGUACUCUCCAACUCUAAAAGCUGAUAUUGAUAGAGGAUUGAUUUUUAUGUAAUACAGCUUAAGAAUCAAUUGGAAUUUAAGCUGACAAAGCAGCACAGAAUUGAAUUAAGUGUAACUACUCCACGAAAUUAAAUUAGCCAAUUUUGUUUUUACUU